AUCUACAAUACAAUGUUAAUUAAGGAAAACAGCAAUGAAUUUUAUUCCGUUCUACAUUCUUAUUUUUCCUAUUUUGGCACACGAUAAAGAUGAUAGAAAAUUAUUAAGUGCAAAUUAUAAAGGAGUUGUUUGUAAGUAGAAAAAAAUUUUGAAAAAUUUUUGUGACGUCUCUUAUUAGACGCUUUUGUUAUUUGUUUUGGAUUGCAACAGCAUGGGCAUGGUUAAAUGGGUCAAAGGACGGCGGUGAUUCUCCAACAUCGGAUUAUCCUGGAUCCAGGUUUGGUUCAAAUGUAUUCUGGGAUAAAAAUACCGAAAGGAUUCUUCUUUUCGGUGGAAGAACAUCGACGUCUAAAUCAUCGAACGAUCUUUGGGCAUUCUAUCCAAAAACUAGUUCUUGGAAGUUAAUAAAGAGGGUUGAAAACGGGGAGAAAGCUCCACAGGAACGUCGUUUUCAUUCUAGCUGCGGUACAACCGAUAAGACAAUGGUAAUAUUUGGCGGUGAAAAUAAAAAUCAAUUUCUAAAUGAUACAUGGAUUUUCAAUGUAUCGGAGAAUGAUUGGUUAGAGAUAAAAUCAGCAAAUAGGCCUUCAAGUAGAUCCGAAGCAGUAACAUGGUGUACAAAUGCUCAAAUGUAUAUGUAUGGAGGAAUAACCGAGAAUAAUAUUGUUCUUGAUGAUUUUUGGAUAUUUAAUUUAUUAAAACUUCAAUGGAAUAAAGUCAAUAAUAAUCAUAUACCUGGUAAACGUCAUGGUUCCGCAUCAUGGGAGGGAAAGGAUCAAUGUUUAUAUAUGUUUAGCGGCAAUUCUCAAGAUAAUAUUGACAGGAGUAGAAAUUUAGGAAUAGGCUUAACAAAUGAAAUGUGGAAAUUCUGUAAAGUCGAUGAAAAAUGGAAGAAUAUAUCGAAUUCUAGAGGUCAUACUGGAAGAAGUAGUAUUGGUGAAUUUGGUAAGGAGAGUAAAUUAAAUUUUCCAGGAGCUAGGAAGUUAGCCGCUACUUGGACUGAUUUAAAUGGAAGUUUAUGGAUGUUUGGCGGAGAAGGUUUAGACGAUGAAAAGAAUAACAUUCUCUUUAAGAGAGAUAAACUUUUAAGUGAUAUAUGGAGAUUCAAUGCUACAAGUAAUUUAUGGACAUUUAUUGGUGGUUUCAAAGAAGGCGAAAGGCACGCUUUAUACGGUCCUAAAGGUAAAUCAUCUAUUGAAUAUCUACCUGGCCCCCGUUAUGCACCUACUUUUUGGACGUAUGAUAAUAAACUAUACCUUUACGGGGGUCGUGGUCAUAACGCAAAGAAUGAAACAGCUAUAUUGUCAGAUUUAUGGAAAGCUGACUUAGUCUUCUCAAAUGGAGACGUAAGGAAUGAAUUAAAGUUAUCAAACGGUGCUAUAUUCAUAAUUUGUUUCUCUACUGUCGCUGGUGUGGCCCUAUUCGUUGGAAUAUUUUUCUUUCUUAAGAAUCUGGCUAAUAUACCAAGACUAGCUCCACUACCAAGGAAAGAGAGAAGUAAGAGACGCCUUCUAAAAGAUGUUAGCUAUAGUCGAGUUGAAACUGAAGAUCCUUUAUUGAACUAUACAACGGAUGAAGAUACCGAAGAAGAAGAGCUAAUUGAAAGAAAUAUAUAGACAGAACAAAACAUUGACAAACUUUGUUUAUUUAUUUGUUUGUUUGUUUUUUUUAAAAAAAUAGCAUAAAACAAAAAGAACACAAAAAAAAACAAACUGAUGAAUUCUUAUGCUAAUAUAUUUUUUCUUAUUAAUUUGCAUAAUAAUUUGCAUAUUUGCUGUAAUUUAAAAUUAAUCAAAGAUUUUGUUGAUUCGUUAAGAAUUGUUCAAGUGAAUUUAGGCAACGAAAUAAAUGAACCUUGCAUAAAG